UCAGCUAAGGCAGAUUUUACAUUUGUCAGUUGUAAUCACGGUUCAUACUGCCAUAAUGUACUUCUCUACCAUUAUGGUCGUUUUUUGCUUCGCUGUAGCGUCGACAUUGGGCCAAGAAGAAAUCGAGGAUCAAGAACAGUUAGAAGAAGUUAUUUGUUCUGAAGAAGAAACAACGAGAACGUCUGUCAUCGAAUGCUUGAGCUUAAUGCCGGAUAGUCACGUGGAGAUAGUUAAAACAUGCACCACAGAAUUGGCUGAUAUGGGUAACGAUUAUUCGAGACUUCUGGAUAUAUAUUGCAACAACCGAGAAGUUGUUGAAAGAUCCGAUGAAUGCAUCAUGCAAAAAUAUCGAGAAAGAGGAGAAUCAGAAUUCGUUCCUCUUAAACCAGUUGUGGAGUGCAUCAAAGUUCUUGUUGCAAACCGAUGAUAUAACAGUGACAUCUUCACCGGAACUCAAGAUUACAUAUUUUGAUUUUUUUUCUUAACUGCAUAUAAAUGUAUUUCUGCCUUAUGAAAUAAAUAUUUUCCACGCUAUAAA